AUCUCUCAUUUGUACUUCUUCCGUUUAACCACACCCUACAACCCAUGGCCCUCUUUCUACCUCUUCUUAUCCUUCUUUUCGUUUCUUUAACCAAUGGUCAGGGAAACCCACCAUCACCCGGUUAUAACCCGAGCUCGAUGGUUCAAACCGUACCCUUUGAUCAAGCCUACAGGAACUUAUGGGGCCCACAGAACCAGAGGUUCGAUCAAACCUCACUCACCAUCUGGCUCGACAAGUCUUCAGGAAGUGGUUUUAAGUCGAUAAAAUCUUAUAAAUCGGGUUAUUUUGGGGCAGCGGUCAAGCUUCACCCUGGUUACACUGCUGGAGUCAUCACAUCGUUUUAUCUUUCGAAUAACGAGGAUCAUCAGGGGAACCACGAUGAAGUGGACAUCGAGUUUUUGGGUACGACGCCCGAUAAACCUUAUACGUUACAAACAAAUGUGUACAUUAGAGGAAGCGGAGAUGGAAACAUCAUAGGAAGAGAACAAAAAUUCCACCUCUGGUUCGAUCCUACCAAGGAUUUUCACCAAUAUGCAAUGCUAUGGACACCUAACGAGAUCAUAUUUUUUGUGGACGAUGUGCCAAUUAGAAGGUACCCGAGGAAAAGCGACACAACAUUUCCUUUAAGACCCAUGUAUAUGUAUGGAUCAAUAUGGGAUGCAUCUUCAUGGGCGACUGAAAACGGCAGAUACAAAGCGAAUUACGGGUAUCAACCUUUUGUCGGUAGGUACAACAACUUCAAGAUCAAAGGUUGCGCCACUGACUCACAACCCACGUGUCAGCCUCCAUCUGGUUCUCCAACCACCACCGGAGGGCUGAGCCGCCAACAACUAGUCGCGAUGCAAUGGGUUCAAAGGAACUAUAAAGUGUAUGAUUAUUGUAGUGACCCAAAAAGAGACCAUAGGCAAACACCCGAGUGUUAAAAGGGGACUUAAAGAUAUGUAUUUAGGUUUGAUAUGGAUCAAAAACCAAUUAUAUUUAUAAACACGUGUUUGUAUCUUUUGUUUUUAUUGUGUUGUUUUCAUCUUUAUAAAAAAGUAAAUAAAGAAAUUGAUCAUCGAGAAUGCUUUUGUUU